AUGACCUCCGCAACUGAAAACAUCCCGUCUUCAGAGAUUCUCCCAGACGUCUCGCAUCUUCUCAAACCUACUUGCUUCCUCACUCUUCCUAUCCAAAACCCUCCCCAUCCUUUCCCAAUCUCUCCACCUGCAGACAUUGCAACAACCCCCCUCUUACUUUUCCGGUACCGUUUCUACCGUCACGCUGCAGAACAAUGCCGUAUCCAACUCCUCGCCCUCGCUUCUGAAACUCCUUCACCUGCUCUUACAGUUACUGACGAUGACCCGGACUCUGCCGUAAAGGCCCGCGAAUACAUUGCAACCGUCUUCCGUCUAUGGACCAUACGUCUUGCAUCUCUACUAAUGGCCGGACUUGGCGGCAUUGCGCGUGACGAGGCUCGACAUCUUAACGACCUCGGCUCUAAAACUUACCGCUCAAUGCCUUCGGGUGAGUCGCUUGUCCCCUGGGCCCUCCGUGUGCUGGCCGUGCGAAUCCAAGGUGCAGGCGAUACUCCUCAAGGUGUCACUCAAUUCUACGCAUUUACGCGUGAGGCUCGCAGUGCUCUGCAAAGUGCACAACUUUAUAUCAAACGGCUUUCUCAAACACGAGCUGAAAUUGCAGCCAAUGGUGGAGAUAACGUAGAAAAGGAACUGGAACGAAUCGAUUCCAUAAUUAGAAACGCAAAAAUCCAAUCUCUCAAAUGGAAAUCAAGAAUUAGAAACCUGGGGUUGUAUUCAGCAGCAAUGCUCAUUGGCAUGAGAGAUACCAAAUCCACUAUUUCUUUAUUACAAUCACUUUAUGAAGGCAUCUCAGUCUCAAAACAAAAAGAAGAGGAAAAGGAAGAAAAGGAAGAAGAUAAAACUUUUAAUCAAAUUAAUGCCCAAGAAAUCACCCGUUUUAAUACCCGUCUAAUUUUCACUCUCGCUAUGGUUUACUUACAAAUCGGAGAUUCUAUCUCUGCCCGCCAAUGGUUUGCCAAAAUGCCUUCUGAUACCCCAGAAACUCAACACUCCAAAGCCCUUGGCCUUGCAAUAUGCUCAAUUGCUGAUGCAGACUGGGAUGCCGCAGAAAAGGCUUUAGCUUUAGAGCUCAGCAAAUUUCCUUCACCUGAAAAGUCUACUGAAAAAAAAGUAGAAGGAAAAGAAGAAGGAAAAGAAGAAGGAAAAGAAGAAGGAAAAGAAGAAGGAAAAGAAAACACCAAAACUACACGCCCAGUAUCUCUCAUGGGAUCAUAUUCACCAUUCUAUGUUGCUCUCACAAAUAAUCUGAGUGUCGUCAAAAUUAACCAAGGCGAUCUUCUUGAAGGCAUCUCACUUUUGGAUAAUAUGGCUCUCACAGGAGUCAUUUCGCCCACAGUCCUUUCUAACCUCUGCAUUCUUUUCGAUCUCCAGCAAGAACAAGGCCGAAGAUUAAAAAAUAAUCUCCUGACGCAAAUCCGUGAACAAGGCUUUCUUGGUCUUGAAAAUUAUAACUUUCUUCAGUAA